GUGGAGGAGCAGACGCCGGCGCCCGGACACCGGCUCCAGACACCCGCGUCACGGACAGACAGUCGACCCCCAGCGAUGUUGGUCGAGGGCUGCCUGCCAGUGAUGCUGCUCGUGAUACUGUCAUGCCGACACCAUCUGGCGCGGGCGGACGAGGAACAUUUCAUCAACGACCCACACGGCCUCACUCAGCGAUCUGGCCCCGUCUUCGACGACUUCGAGCCUGACGUCUACGACGAUGACGAGUUCCACUUCAAGCGCGCGCUCAGCUACGGCCACUUCCGGUUCGGCAAGCGCGCGCCACCGCGGCCGCCGGCCGCCAAGCGGCUGCCCGACUACGGCCACAUGAAGUUCGGCCGCCGGUCGCCCGACUACGGCUUCCUCAAGUUCGGCCGGCGCUCGCCCGACUACGGGCACAUGAAGUUCGGCAAGCGGGAGUGCGGCGCACUGCUGGGCUCGUGGCUGGGCUCGGCUGUGCUCUGCGCUUCGGAGCGGGCUCAGGCAUGCGACAUGACGAGGAGGAACCAGUGCUCUGUGGCAUCGUUCAAAGUCAAAUAUAUCACGGUCAUGCAGAGGUGA